GACCACUGGAGAUUAGAUCGCCGGGAGAAGUCUGGUUAGGAGUUGUGUACAGUUCUUCAUUCCAUCGAAAGACGCCUCUUACGAAGCCAGUGAAUUUCGUGUCAGUCAUAUUACAGUAUUUGAUUUUAGUUUGUUGCUGAUAACGACAGGGGAUUCAAUAAUUCAAUAUUUCCUGACUAACUGUGUAAUACAAAACGCCGAGGAUCUUGGGACUUAUGAAAUGGUGCCGAAGAAAUGGAAUUACUGACCUAAUUAUUGACUACCAACAAUUCUAUUUGCAACCUAAUGUACGUGUUCUUUUAGUCUGCAACACUGUUAGAAGAUGAGCCCGUGUCGAUUUCUCCGCCCUGCAGGCCGAAUUGUCCGGGUCACCCGUGGCCUCUUGAUACUUCUGUCAGCCGUAGCAAUCUUCGGCACCAUUGCUUUCAUACAUCGUAUGGAAACCACUUCAAAAUUCAAUAGUGACGGACAUUCAGUGGCACAAAACCUUAACAGUCCUGUUUGCCAAAAUUGCAGCCGACGUGGCACCACGUCAACCGAGAGUACCAACGAGAUUACCAACAACAAGAUUACAACGGCUGAGAACAAAAAACUAAUAGCAAAAUCAGGAAAAAUAGAAAUAGCAAUCCCUGUGAAUGAAGAUACGGCAGCGGUUGCUGCCGCCGAAAUCGUUUCACCUGAUGAAGCGUUACCGGAAGAGAUGAUACCUGAUCAGGAAUCUCCUGCCUUUCAACCACCUGUGAUCAAAACUGAACCUCAACAGCAACCCUCACCAAUUCCCGAAAAUUUUCCGCAACAACAAGAACAUGCCCAACAGCAAGAAUCUCUCAAAAUAGACGAACAAAACCUGCAACUAAAAUCGUCCGUUUCGGUACACCCACCGUCCAUUGCAGGCGACAACAACUCCGUGCGUCAGCCUGCUUCUACCAAUGUUCAUUCUGAUAACAUGUCUCGUACCCUUCUUCACCUGGAGAGCAACAAGGUGGCUGAACCGAGUCUCCCAGUUCAUUCCAAUUUGCAUACCGCCAAGAUUCAAAACGCUCAAAUCGAAUCCCUAAGAGGGGUAGCGCGAAUGAAUUUGGUGUCACAAGAGCAACCGCAGACCCAGCUCAAGGUCGGUGGCGAAGAGGAAAACCUUCCGGUGCUGACUCGCAGCUUAUACCAAGCCGGCCAUUAUCUCCCACCCAAGGACGUUUGCCCAGAGCAGGGUGAAGGUAUGAAACUGAUGAUCCUAGUCACGACGGCUCCCGGCCAUGCCGCGCAGCGCGAGGCCGUCCGCUCCACCUGGGGCCAUGUCGCCUUUCGUCGUGAUGUUGGCAUGGCUUUCAUGGUUGGCACUUCCAAAAAUCAAUCGGAAAACAUGUUGGUUCAACAAGAGAAUUUCAUCUAUGGUGACAUCAUCCAGGGUCGUUUCAUCGAUACGUAUAAUAAUUUGACGCUCAAGACGAUUUCCAUGUUGGAAUGGAGUUGGGAACACUGUGGUCGAGCCCGGUUCUUGCUCAAAACGGACGACGACAUGUACAUCCACAUGCCUGUAUUGCUAUCUAUUCUAGAUGGAGCAGCUAAUCGACGUCGUACCAUCAUGGGAAAGCUAGCAAAGAAAUGGAAACCCAUCCGUAAUGUCACUUCCAAAUACUACAUCUCGCCAACCCAGUUCAAGCCAGCCAUGUACCCCGAUUUCAACACGGGGCCAGCUUAUAUUUUGACUAACGAUAUUGUCGAACCCCUCUAUCAAGCUGCACUGAACGAAACUUUCUUCAAAUUGGAAGACGUCUUUGUUACGGGCAUGGUAGCCGGCCCUCUUAAGAUACAGCACAUUAAUUACCCCCAGUUUUUCAACCGCCGACUAAAGCUGGACACUUGUGCGGUUGCUAAACUUGCAAGCGUGCACAUGGUUAAAACUCAUGAAAUGUUUGAUUUAUGGAAAAGGUUGUCCGAUGGACUUACACGAUGCUCUCCGAAGUAAGCAGCUUUUCUUCUUUUAGAACUUAUGGCAAUCCUUUUUUCUCCAAAUAAAGGCUUGGAGGCAACUUUUACUACAAUGGAAAGUUUGAUUUUUUUUCAGCGUUUUGCAUGACAGUAUUUCUAUAAUCCUUUGAUUACCACACAAAUCAACGCUCAAUGAUGGUCAAGUUUGCUGCAUUUCUGCAGGUCACCUGCACCUGAAACAUUUUGGUGCUAAUUGCUAGAGUUGCAUUUUACCAGCCCAUACUACCUAGGUUGGACCAAUUAGCCUCAUGAUAGCACGAAAUGCUGGUAUGUUUAGCCAAAGUGUAUUUAAUUGUAGGGCAGUCCUUGUAAGCAAUGUGGUUCUCAUAACCCCACAUGCCACAUGAACAAUGUGCUGGUGAAGUUUCAUAAAUCUGGCGUUUAAGAUUGAACCUGCUCGAAUAUUGUAUUUUCCCUGGAAAUCUCGUGUAUUUUACAAUUGUCUUGCCUUUUUUAAAAUAAAAAUUAUGUUCAGUGGGCUGGAUCUGAA